AAAAAUUAUUCUAGAGGAUUUGUUAUAUAUUUUGUUUUGUUUUUUAUUUAAUUAAUAAUAGUAUUAAUUAGGUGUUGCGCCUGUGGGUGUUUCUUUUGACAAAGUCAUUAUACGUUUGAUGAGCUGCAAUGUCUACCAUAGAGAAGUUGAGUAUUCAGGGCAUUCGGAGUUUCGGUCCAGAGGACACAGACAAGCAGAUUAUUCACUUCUUUACGCCACUCACACUCAUCCUAGGUCCUAAUGGAACAGGAAAAACUACUAUUAUCGAGUGCCUGAGGUACAUGACCUCCGGAUUUUUUCCACCAGGAGCUAAAGGAGGAGCCUUCAUUCAUGACCCCAAGGUUGCUCAUGAGCGUGAGGUCAAAGGUCAGAUUCGCCUUCAGCUGCGUGAUGUGACAAAUCAACAGUGUAUUGUGCAGAGAUCUAUGACGGCAACACAAAAGUUGAAGAAAGUUGAAAUGCGAACUUUAGAUGGAGUUAUCACAAGAAGAGGUGCUGAUGGCGAGAAAAAAAGUAUCACGUCAAAAUGUGCUGAGCUAGACAGAGAGAUGGUUGCAGCUCUUGGAGUUUCGAAGGCAGUACUUGAUAAUGUAAUCUUCUGUCAUCAGGAAGAUGCUAACUGGCCUCUCUGUGAAGGAAAAGCCUUGAAGGAAAAAUUUGAUGCAAUAUUUGCAUCUACAAGAUACACAAAGGUUCUUGAGACAAUCAGAAAACUAAAACAAGAACAGGAUCAGAACAUCAAGAUUUGUCGGGAGGAACUCAAAUAUCUUAAACAACACAAGGAAAAGGCCAGUGAGCUGGAAGGAAAUCUGUCUGAACUAGAGGCGAAGUUUGCUGCAUCAAAGGAAUCAGUUGAGAAAAUAAACACACAGCUGGUGCCAAUUGAGGACAAACUGCAACAGAUAAACACAAAAGCAAAUGAAAUCCAUGACAUAAAACUAAGAAAACAGAAGGCAACAACAAACAAGGAACAUCUGGAAAAGAGUAUCGAAGAACUGCAAGAAAAUAUUGAAAAUGAUUUUCCAGGUUCAACGAGUGAGUUGAAAAAAACAUUGUCACAAUUUGAAAGAAAAGUGCAGGACAGUCAGGAAACAUUGCAGGAGUUCAAACAUCGACAGGAUGAGCUAAGCAGGGAGCUAGAUCGGUUAGGAAGAGAGAAGUCGCAGAUUUUGGUCGAAGUCGGGAAACUUGAGCAGGAGGCUGAGAAUCGUGAAGACAGUGUGAAGAAAAGAGACUCUAUCAUUCGUAAACUGGCUACAGAAUACCAGUUUGAAGGUUUUGAAAGAGGAGAUAUAACAACUGAGAAAUAUAGGAACUUUUUUGAAAACAUGAAGAAAAAGUUGGAGACUAUGAUGAAUGAAGCAAAAGAAAAAAAGGCUCAGUAUGAAGAUAGAGAAAUGGUGAUACAGAAGAAAAUAGAAGAGCUUCAAGUAAACAAGACAAAACAUGAACAAAGCAUCCACAUGAAACAGAAUAUAAUGACAAAGAAUUCUGCUGAGAUUCGAAACAUCAACCAGAAACUGAGUCAGAUGGACGUCUCCGUGGGACGUCUUGAACAUCUCAUCCGUGAUCUUAAACGAGCUGAGCAUGACCUAGAGACAGCAGAGCAAGCUGUAGACACAAACGAACUGAAGAGAGAUACGGCUGAGAAAGAGAAAGAACGAAGACGCUUGGAUAGUGCACUCAGUGAACUCGACUCUGAAAUGAAUCGGCUUCAUCGCCAGUCGAAUGCCCAGGCACAACUCGACAUGUUCAAGAAGGACAAAGUGUCGAAGACUGAGAGCAUUGAACGUUUGAAAGCCAAACAUGAGGAUGCUAUAACCUAUCUGAUUGGUCACAUGCCGCAACAGAAUAUCCGUGGUCAGAUACAGGACUACAUGGGAACCCAAGAUGAGAUGGUCAAGUCUUGUUCCGUGGAGCUUCAGAAGGCGAAACAAGAAUGUUCUGCAAAAGAAGCAGAGAAAAAUAUGAUUAGUGUUCAGAUAAAACAGUGUGAAAGCAAGAUAAGAGAUAUGGAGGAGCGUUUGAAUAAUGUGUGUAGCAGUGAAAACUUUGGUGAGGAAUUCGAAACAGUUCAAACCAAGGUCGAACAGGCACAAGAUGCAAAAGGGUCCCUAAUGGGGGCUGAACAUUUCUUCAAGAAGUACGUGAAGGAUCUGGAGAAGGAGAAGCCAUUUUGUCCUCUGUGUCACCGCGGCUUUGAUGACGACCAGGAAGUUCGGGAACUCAUUCUGGAGUUGAAACAAAAGUUGCGUCUUGUUCCGGCCCAGUUAGAGAAAGCGGACAGCAGCUUGUCGGAGUAUAAAACCAAGUACGACAACAUGAUUCAGCUGAAGCCAGUCAAGGAAAAUAUUGCUAAGCUACAGAACGCUGACCUUCCUGCUUUGAAGGCUGAUCUUCAACGACUCAGUGACGAAAUCCGCAGUCUAAAGGAAACAAUACAAAAUAAAGAAGACGAGCUUCAGACGAAGGAUGAUGACGCACAGAUGGCAAAGAACAUGCACUCGGACAUCGUGCUGAUGGACCGGUAUUACGGGGAGAUCCGGGAACUCGACAAGAAGAUAGCCAGUCAGCAGGCCAUGAUGUCGGGAACGGAUUCUGCGAGAACAUUAGAGGUUGUCAUUCAGGAGAAGGAAGAUAUCCAACUUAAACUUGACACCCUGAACCGACAGCUGGAUCGACAGCGUCAGAAGCUGAAUGACCACUUGGACAGUGUCCAGCGACUGCGAGUGACCGUGAACAAGCUGAAGGAAGAGAAGUUGAAGAUUGACAGCGAGUUACAGCAGAGGACGAAGUUGGAGGAGACGAAGACGACACUUGCCAGCGAUAACAAGACGCUUCAGGACGAGAUAGAGGAUGCAAAAACGGAGCUGGUGCCACUAGAUAGUCAAAUUACUAAGCAGAAAACUGAAAAAGACAAGAUUACUGCAGAAAAAGAGAAAAAAAAUGAUGAGGCAAAAGAUGAGAUGGAACGUGUUCGUCGUAAUGGCAGUGAAGUAAAAGCCGUGAAUCAGGACAUUAAACAAUACGAUCAAUCAGGUAAGGGUGAGAAACUCGUCAAGUGUAAGGAUCGCCAGAAGACCUUGGUAUCGAGUCUCGGAGAAAAAGAGCAGGAGCAAGAGGAGAUAACUGAGAAUGUAAACGCACUGACGAAGGAGCUAGCCACACAGCAGAUUCGUCAGCGAGAGCUGAAUGACAUUCUUCAGCUGAGAAAUAAAGAGGAAGAAAUCAAAUCAUUGCAAGUUCAGAUAGAAGAGCUGACAAAGCAACUGGGCGGUUUUGACGUAAUGAACCUUGAACGAGAACGUCGAAAAUUGGUUGAUAGUGCUGACAAUUUACAAAAAGAGCGGAACAUAGCACAAGGACGACAGCAGGGUUUCCGGGAUCAGAUUCAGACAUCACGUAAAGAACUUAAGACAGAUAUGUUCAAGGACGCCAAGGUCAAAUACCGAGAUAAGAUGAUCGAGAUGCGGACAACAGAAUUGGCCAAUAGUGAUUUGCAGAAAUACUACACAGCAAUGGACAGAGCCAUUAUGAAUUACCACAAUCAGAAAAUGAGUGAGAUUAACAAGAUAAUUCGUGAACUGUGGAGGAACACGUACAGAGGAAAUGACAUAGAAACAAUAGAAAUCUGCUCUGGCAAUGAGGAUGGUGGUGAAUUGAAAUCCCGGCGGAGCUACAACUACCGCGUUGUCAUGGUGAAGGGUGAUGCUGCGUUGGACAUGAGAGGCCGAUGUAGUGCGGGUCAGAAGGUGUUGGCGUCGUUAAUAAUUCGACUAGCUCUGGCGGAAACAUUCUGCGUCAACUGUGGAGUUUUGGCUCUAGACGAGCCGACAACGAACCUUGACAGAGAAAACAUUGAAAGUCUGGCGUAUGCCCUGGUUGAAAUCAUCAAGGCCAGAUCUCCACAGAAGAACUUCCAGCUCGUGGUGAUAACUCACGAUGAAGACUUUGUGGAGAUGCUCGGCAGGUCCAGCUAUGUGGACGAGUUCUACAAAGUGAGGAAGAACCCGGCAGGAUGUUCCCAGAUUGUGAAGGCACGUGUGCAGGAUUUGCAUAUGAGAUAACUAAACAGUGUGUCUCAUUCCACUAGUCACAAGAUACAGUUUGAACAUGAGAUGGCUUCACCAUGUUUUUAUUUCUGAUGUUCACAAGAUGCUGUUUAAAGUGACAGUCCCUAGUUUUUAAAACACUACAACAUAUUUUUCACUAUUAAAGCCAUUUUUGAUCAUUUAAAUUAGAAGCACUUACAUUUUAUUAUUUUGAAUAUUCCUAUUCGUACAUCUGAAGUGGUUCUGGUCCUCCAAGGUUUUGUAAUACCCCGAAAUACAUUUGUCAUGAUUCUAAAAACGCACGUACGUCUGAGAAGAAGUGGUUAUCGAGACAAGCUCUAGUUACCGAUAUUUGUAGACAGUAUUUCCCCGUUUCAACAUCACAAACUUUACCUGCUCUGUGUUAUAACAUUAUGCAGAUGAGUUGCAGGUUUGUAGAUUAGUUAAAUGUUGUGUUUAUUUUCACGGACUGAAAUUAUGCAUCUUUAAGACUUGUUGUGGUGCUACUUCUUUGACUGAUGCUUAUUAUGAGAGAAAUAAACUGUACUGACAUUAAAGAAAAGUGAGGAUGGUAGUCAGUUUAUGCUCCUCUGAAGGGUUUCAGCAAAUAUUGGGCCGCUUACCAAAUGCGAGUGAAACUUCUGAUAGAAGACUUCAAAAUAUAACUACUAGUCUGACCGGUGACUUCCUAUUUCUGACUAGCAAAUAAAAUAUUUAUUUUUAGUGUGGUUAUUUUUUUUUAGACUUUUUGGGAUCGAUCCCCAUCAGUGGGCCCAUUGGGCUAUUUCUCACUCCAGCCAGUGCACCACGACUGGUACAUCAAAGG